CCGCAUCUGUGGUCUCUCCCAAAGUUAACCUAACUUAUUUAACCUCUUAUUUCAGCCGAAAGAAACAGUUUUUUACUCAUAAUUAAAAAAGUUAAUAAUAAUUUGUAAUGAGUAUGGAGAAACGACUCAUAGUUGUUUUAGAAAAUGCAGCGUUGGAAUCAGUAAAAGUUGGUGACAAAUUCGAACUUUUAAACCCUGAUGAUCAUCCACACAUCCUGAAGAAGAACGGGAGAGAUUCAGAUUCGUGCAGACCAGACAUAACACAUCUUUGCUUGCUAGCGUUAUUUGACAGUCCCUUGAAUCGGGCUAGUUUGUUACAGAUUUAUGUGCACACUACUAAUAACAUUCUCAUUGAGUUUAAUCCUGAAACCAGAAUACCAAGAACAUUCAAAAGAUUUGCGGGAUUGAUGGUUCAGCUGCUUCACAAGCUAUCGGUCAAAGAUGAAAGUGGCCGUAAAUUAAUAAAGGUGAUAAAGAAUCCUCUCACUGAUCACCUUCCCAGUUGUGCCAAGAAAAUAGCCAUAUCAUCUUCGUUCAAAGAAAAGAAAUCUUGUAAGGAGUUAGUGCCUGAAAAUGAAGACCCCAUAGUCAUGGUCGUUGAAGCAACGCUUGAACAGGAUUUAAAAGUGAAGUAUGUGGAUGAGAAUUAUUCCUUAAGUAAUUAUCCACUGACUUCUGCUAUAACUUGUUCAAUGCUUUGCUCUACAUUCGAAGAAGCUUGGAAUGUUUUGUAGAUCUUCAGAGGAAGUAUGUAUUGUAUUAUAUUGUAAAUAAAGUGACAUUUUUAAUAAACUG